AGAUAUCGAAAUUGCACCAACAAACAUUUGCUAAAGCCACUUUUUUAUAAAUUAGAGCUUCUCUCCAUUCAUUCAUAGCAGUACUCUUCUCUCUUCAAACAUGUUACGUCUUCUGUUUUGGUUAACAUGUGCUCUGGUUCUUCUAGCUUCUUCAGUGGCUUCUGCUGCAAUUGUGGAACACUCAUUCUAUGUGAAAAACCUUACAGUUCGUCGGCUGUGCACUGAGCAAGUGGUGACUGCAGUGAAUGGAAGCCUACCAGGCCCAACACUUCGCGUUCAAGAGGGCGACACCCUUAAAGUCCACGUUUUUAACAAGUCACCCUACAACAUGACACUUCACUGGCAUGGAGUGUUUCAAUUACUUAGUGCCUGGGCGGAUGGACCUAAUAUGGUAACUCAAUGUCCAAUACCGCCUGGAGGUAAAUAUACCUACCAAUUUAAACUCCUCAAGCAAGAAGGUACUCUAUGGUGGCAUGCUCAUGUCAGUUGGCUCCGAGCAACAGUUUAUGGGGCACUCAUUAUCCGUCCAAGAUCCGGCCACCCUUACCCUUUCCCAAAACCCGACAAAGAAGUUCCCAUUUUAUUUGGAGAGUGGUGGAAUGCUAAUGUUGUUGAUGUCGAAAACCAGGCUCUAGCCAGUGGUGCAGCGCCUAACACUUCGGAUGCCUUCACCAUUAAUGGACUCCCCGGGGAUCUCUACCCUUGCUCUCAAAACAGAAUAUUCAAGCUUAAGGUACAGAAAGGAAAGACUUAUCUCCUCCGAAUAAUCAACGCUGCACUCAAUAAUGAGCUCUUUUUCAAGAUAGCCAAUCAUAAUAUGAAAGUUGUUGCUGUUGAUGCCGGGUACACGGUGCCCUACGUCACUGGCGUUGUUGUCAUCGGCCCCGGCCAGACCGUGGACGUUCUCCUCGCAGCAGACCAGGAAGUGGGAUCUUAUUACAUGGCUGCAAACGCAUAUUCUAGUGCUGCUGGUGCGCCAUUUGAUAACACGACGACUAGAGGAAUUGUUGUCUACGAAGGAGCACCCACAUCAGCAACUCCCAUAAUGCCUCUAAUGCCUGCCUUCAAUGACACCCCAACUGCUCAUAAGUUUUUCACCAACAUUACUGGCCUGGCUGGUGGGCCUCAUUGGGUCCCAGUCCCACGUCAGAUUGAUGAGCACAUGUUUGUGACAAUGGGCUUGGGGCUCUCAAUUUGCCCAACGUGUUCAAAUGGGACGCGACUCUCUGCUAGCAUGAACAAUUUCUCAUUUGUGAGUCCUACAACUUUGUCCAUGCUGCAAGCCUUCUUUUUCAAUGUAAGCGGAAUCUACACUCCUGAUUUCCCUGAUACCCCUCCAAUAAAAUUUGACUACACCAACGCCAGCAUCAACGCCCUAAAUCCAUCCCUGUUAAUUACACCUAAAUCAACAAGCGUGAAGGUGUUGAAGUAUAAUUCCACGGUGGAGAUGGUGUUACAGAACACAGCUAUUCUUGCCGUGGAGAAUCAUCCCAUGCAUCUUCACGGUUUCAAUUUCCAUGUGUUGGCUCAAGGGUUUGGAAACUAUGAUCCCGUUAAAGACCCUAAGAAGUUCAAUCUCGUCAAUCCACAAUCACGUAACACCAUUGGUGUUCCAGUGGGAGGAUGGGCAGUCAUAAGAUUCACAGCCAAUAAUCCAGGUGUGUGGUUCAUGCACUGUCAUCUAGAUGUGCACUUGCCCUGGGGAUUAGCUACAGCUUUCGUCGUUAAGAAUGGACCGACGGAAGACUCUACUUUGCCGCCACCUCCAGCUGAUCUGCCUCAAUGUUAGUAGCUGUUCAACAUUCUUACAACUCAUUUUCGACUCUUUCACUGCAGCAAAGAAAGUUGAUGCUCUGUUAUUACAAGCAGGCGUGUGCCACCGAGUUCAAAUUCUUUAAUUGAAUGUCAUAAUGAUAAUUUUAUUUUGCAAACUUUGUUUGAUGUUUGUGCAAGAUUUGUUUACCAUGAACAGAUACAUAUAGUGAUUUAGCUGUUUUAUUUUUUUAUUGUUCAAGUGUUGUACACGCAUAUAUUGAUACCUUGAAAAAUUUAUGAUUCUUAUCAUUAAAUAA